CAACAUAUAUUCUAGUUCCACUGUUAAUCUUAUUUCAAAGUCGAUACAAACAAAUACAAUACAUAAACAUUCGCAUUAACUACGAAAACAUACGACUAUUUUUACUUUCGAAGUUAGUUAAUAGCAGUGAUUUUUGUAUUAAAUCCUCGAUUUGUACUAAAUUGAUAAAGUGCGUUGAACUCUCGAUAUAUUUAAUAGAAACAAACGUCAGUUCCAUUUUGAAUAGAUAUCAAACGAGUGUGUACAGCGAUCAUAAAAAUGCUGCUAUUAUUCCUACUCAUCUCAUCAGCGGUAGCAGACCAAUGCUCACACGUUUUCGACAAUGCAAAAUACUCAAAAUCAACGAUAUUAACCAUGAAGGGUUUACCGACAAACUUAGUCUACGAUCCGCUUAGCAAAGAUCUUCUAUUCACGUUAAUAGAUCUGGAAACACUGCAGAACGAUGAAAUUCAGACUAAAAUGGAUCAAUAUAUAUUACGAGGUACUCAGCCAAUUCUAAUUGACAAUGUUAACGGUCAAGCAGCUGCGGUGGAUGUGAGAAAUAGUAAAGUUUACAUAGCCAGUGAUGAUGGUCUUCAUAUACUCAAUGGAACAGACAGAGCCAACUUCAUUGGCAUGAAAGAUGAAGACAUAGUACAGCUAUUUAAACCUAGAAACUCUGAUGAUUUAUACGCUGUAUUAUUCCCUGACAAUGAAGUUUAUAAAAUCGAUGCGAACACUGAAAAGCACCGCGUCGAAAACGUACCCUGUGCUUUCAUAAUGGCCGUGGAUUCAGAUGAAAAUAUAUUUUACGAAUGUGACUCGAAAUUUAUUAAAGUUUUACUUAAAGACUUUCAAGAAUCUAUCGAAUAUGUUGGUAUUCCAAAAAAUGCUGCCAGAGCAAUAGCCGUUGAUGAUAAUGGAAGAGUCAUAUUAGCGGCAAAUGACGGCCUUUACUGGUUGAAACCUGAUAAUAUUAUACCAAAGAAAUUAAUGAAUUUAGACUAUGUCCCAGCUGGUAUUGCAUUUAACGGAGACAGUAUGUAUGUAUCUACCACUGGAGUUAUUUACGAAUAUGAAAUGUGCCAAUAAUUAAAUGAUUUUAAUUA